UCAAGUGUGAGCAACUUACCAACCCAUCGGGCCACUUUUCUUCGGAGAUAUUCUCCAAACCUGCAGACGAAAUCCACUCAGAUAGAAUUUCAGAUGCCGUUCGGAAAACGAUAGUUUUAAUAUCAGUACAACCCAAUCAUCAAAUUUGGCUGUCAUUCGAUAAGUUUACCACUGUUAUCAACCGAGAUUUUCUCAAAGUUUACGACGGUCCGUACUCGACCAGCCCCUUGCUGUUAUCCCACAGCGGACCUACAAAACCGUCGUCAGUCCGAUCAUCUUCCAACGAAUUGUUUGUAGAGUUUCCGUCCCACUACGACAUGGAUUAUAAUAAAGUUGAAGGUUCCUAUACAAGCGUCAACAGCACCGAUGAAUCUUUUAAACCAGGCUGUGGUGGUUAUUUGAACGGUGAAGGCACAAUUUCGACUCCAAACUAUUUAUCUGACACCAACAUCGCUGACUGCUAUUGGUUAAUCGGAACAAGACAAAGCGACGAUUUAAUCCUACUUCGAAGGAAUCAGUCUGAUAUUAGACACCCGACGGCUGCGUUUUUGUCUUCCCGAGCUUACCCAGAAAUGAUUGUAUAUGACGGAUGGAGUACAGAUGGCCUCGUCCUUUACGACACGAAAUCCACUGAAACUCAACAGAAAACGGUGGUUUACUCUGUCAGCAAUAAAAUGAUGGUUCACUUUAAACCUCCAAAAAUCAAAGAAAAUCACAUAUCUUUCUGGGAGGUCUUUAAAAUAUCGACACCGCAGUGCAAGAAUUACUUGGAAGGAACUAGCGGGACCAUAAAAAGCCCAAACUACCCGAUGCCUUACCCUCAUCUAACGGACUGUCGCUGGACCAUUAGCGUGAAACCGGCAUCAAAAGUCUUUUUUAGUUUCUUUGAAACACAACAGGGAGCAGAUUUUAUUUCCGUUUAUGACGGACCCACCGUAAACGAAAAGCUGCUGUUGAGUGAAUCAGGAUCAGUACCAACCCCUUUUGUUGUUAAUUCUUCAACUAAUCAAGUGCUGGUUAGGUUUACGUCAGACGGUGAUAUUUCCCUGUCUGGUUUUCUUGCCGUCUAUUUGUCUCUUUAGAACACAUCUAUAAAUUUUAGUGUUGGAGCGACGACCAUUUAAAAUGAUAUAGGGUGUUAGCGUUAAAAAAUGUUUUUGCGCAAACUAUAUGCACAAUAAACAGUAGCAUGCAACA